AUGAGAGUGCUUGGGUGGGUUUAUUUCGACAAUAGGGUUUUGAACGAUGUGCUGAAAAUCAAAAUGGAUUCGCCGGUGUCUUCUCAAGACAACGAUAUCGAAGUAAACGUAGUGUCUGGUGCUAGCAGCCCUGAUAUUACUUCUUCUCCGUCUAGAGACCAGAAGAGUCCUUUCUAUGAUUUAAAGAAGGAUAAAGAAGAGAAGGCCACUGGAAGUGCACCUUAUACAAGUUUUUCUAUCAGUUCUAUUCUAAACAGAUCCGAACCUAGAAGAGAGUCUAAUGUGUUGGAAGCAGCACUCGCAGCUAAUCAUUUUGGGGCAAACGAUGCGAUGCUUUCUAGGUUGGGUCUGAUCUCACAGUGGAGUGCACUAGCGGGGCGGUACGGAGGUCUCGUGCCUGCGCCGUGGUACUGGCAGAGACCCCAUGAACGGACUCCCCCUAGAGAGGAUUCAACAACCAACGAAGAUGGUUCAGCAGCAGGGUCCCCCAGGCCCCGCAGCCCGCCCCGCGCCCCUUCCCCUCCGUCGCCAUCUCGCUCAUCUCCACGUUCGCCGCGUCUUCAUCCCGCGCUGUACCCCCAACAGCCAGACGCACAAGACUCAGACCCAGACGUAGACGAAAGUGACGACUUCGACAAAGACGAGAAACGAGACCCUACCUCUAGUCUGGGAAAGAGAAAGAAAAAAACCCGAACGGUUUUCUCUCGCUCACAAGUAUUUCAGCUCGAAUCAACCUUUGACAUGAAAAGAUACCUCAGUAGCUCUGAGCGAGCUGGUCUGGCUGCCAGUCUGCACCUAACAGAGACUCAAGUGAAAAUCUGGUUCCAAAAUCGACGAAACAAAUGGAAGAGGCAAUUGGCAGCGGAAUUGGAAGCCGCGAACAUGGCGCAUGCUGCUCAAAGAUUGGUGAGAGUACCGAUUUUGUACCACGAGUCAAGGCCUACUUCGAUGCCUCACACGCCCAUGGCGAUACAUCCUCAGUUCUCAAACGAGACUGGUGUAUACUUUCCUCCUCAAGCACCACAGCAGCUACAGCCGUUGCCGGCCUCCCCAGUCACUUCCAGAGCACCUUUAUCUAGUCUAGUG